AAUCAAUCCUCGCAAUCCCCAUCUGUUCCUACCUUACAGCACGACACGACAGACCUUCUAUCCCUUCCCCCAAAAUGCCCUCAAUGGCCUCUCCGCUCUCCGGCAUCCACCUUCCUUCCGCCGCCUCGGCCGCCAGCACCAAAUCCGCCUUCGCUCCGGUAACCCAAAGGAGCCUCCUUUCUCCUACCCGGAGCCUCAUCUCAAAGAGAACAAUAAGACUAAUGGCAGUCUACAGCGCGCCGACGAGCCCCGAAGGUAUUUCGGAGAAGGUAUCGGAGAGCAUAAAGAAAGCCGAGGAAACGUGCGAAGGGGACCCUAAGAGCGGCGAGUGCGCGGCAGCGUGGGAUGAGGUAGAGGAGCUCAGCGCCGCCGCAAGCCACGCGCGCGACCGAGCUAAGAGCAGCUCCGAUCCACUCGAGAACUACUGUAAGGACAAUCCGGAGACCAAAGAGUGUCGAACCUACGAGGACUGAUUUUGUUGCAGUCGAAUAAUUCACGCUUUGGAUCAUGAGAACAGGGGAAGAAGAAAGGUGUCGACUUUCGUUAGGGAUUUGAUACUCGAUCCGUUUGUGGACGAUGACAAUGGUUUGUUUGCCUUUGUUUGAUGUUAUAAAUUAUGGGAUUUUGUAUGGAGUUAUAUUUCGAAUAAACGCUUGAUCUUAGCUUGGGCUGUUUGGUAUUUA